AUGAAGCAAACUUGGGACAAGGGUGUUUUUGAGAACGGACAGUCCAAGAUUCCAGGGAAUGGAACCAGAACUACCGCUGAACACCUACAGAGCUCCACAGGAGACAAGCCUGAUAAGUCGUUGGCUCCUCUGGGCGGAGCUCUUGGUGGAGUGGGUCAAAACCUGCUGCUGAGUCCCGCCAGUCUUCAGUUGGCUCAACUUCAGGCCCAGCUUACCCUCCACCGUCUCAAACUCGCCCAGACCACCAAUACAGCUGCCGCAGCCUCUGUCCUCAAUCAGGUACUCUCCAAUGUGGCCAUGUCGCAGCCGCUUUUCAACCAGCUUAGAGGUUCCAGCAUGCCCCAAGCUCAUGGUGGGGCCUUCCCACCACCACCCAUAGCCUUCCCGUCCCCAAACUCAGCUCUGGGAACACUGGUUGGCAGUGGCUUCAAUCCAAAUCCUACUGGGAUCAGGCCUACCACUUACGGUGGGGCUUCCAACAAGAAGGUCAGUCAACACAAUGAGUACGGUAAAAAGACCGGAACGUAUUUGACGGAUACGGAUAGACGCCUACAGUUUGGAUUUCUGGGAGGGGCUUCAGUUGUGACUAGUAAGGCAUGUGAUGGUGGACAGUAUGGCGGAUCUCAACCCAGAAACAACGUCCAAAGCAAUUUUCAGAGAGACUUCUACUCUUCCGAAUCCCAGGUUAAACCAACAGGAUUCCUGGGAGGAGUUAGUGAUCAAAAUCUGGGAUCUCUGUCUUCAUCAGCACCAAAGGAGCAAUGGAAAGGCCCUGUCAACCUGGGAAAAAUGGACAUGGGUACAGGAGCAGGUUCUGGUGCUUGGGUACCAACAGGCCCAGGGUUUAUGGGCCAGAGAGCAGAGCUGUAUAACCCUGAGGAACCCACGGCAGAUCCCAAGUUCAACUCAGCAUGUGGCCCAGGAGUUGGUCCAUCCAUGGGGCAGCAAGGGGGGUUUCAACAGCAGCCGCAGCUUCACCAGGGGGAGGAAGGGGUGAGGAUGUCCUUACAACCUCACCAGCUCAAUGACUUUCAUGGGACAACACCUUCACACCUACCUCAUCAGUGCACCAUUUGUGAGAAAAAGGUUUACAACUUGAAGGACUGGGACCAGCAUGUGAAGGGCAAAUUACAUCUACAGAACUGUUCGCUUUACACCGAGAGCCCUAUGGUCGGAGGAGUGCACUUCCCUGUGUCGUCUGAAGGAUGUCUCAACAUGGCACUGAGUAACACAAUGGCGUAUUCAUCAGCUGCCGGUCAAGAUGUUUCAACUGGAAGCGCAUCAUAUUUGCCUGCCACAGCCAUAAAGUCAUUUCCUCUCACAGGGGUGGGAUUUAAUUCACACCAAUCAGAAGCAAAGUUUCUUCAGCGUAAAGCAUGUCCUGGUCGUGUCGUCCACAUCUGUAACUUGCCGGAGGGCAGCUGCACUGAGAAUGAUGUCAUCAACUUGGGUCUACCCUUCGGGAAAGUGACCAACUACAUCCUCAUGCGCUCGACACAUCAGGCUUUUCUGGAGAUGGCAUACGUGGAGGCGGCUCAGGCUAUGGUGCAGUACUACCAGCUGCAGCCAGCUACAAUCAACGAACAGAAGUUACUGAUCCGUAUGUCUAAGAGAUACAAGGAGCUACAGUUGAAGAAACCAGGUAAAGAUGUACAGUCUAUAAUUCAAGACAUAAAUUCCCAGAGAGAGCGAGAUGAAAUGCAGGAGAUUGACAGAUACCUCCCAGAACGAGCAAGAUCGCGCAGUCCAGUGAGCCGUUCUCAAAGUCCUCGCUCUCACAGUCCAAGCUUCACUUCAUGUAGUUCUGCCCACAGUCCACCAGGGCCACCUGGUCGACCUGACUGGAGCAACGGAAUGGGGCCGCGGCGGGGCUCCUGGGAUUGGUCAUCCCAUUUGCGUGGCGAUGAUGACCCACGUGACAGAGAUGUCUGGAGGAACGGUGAUGAAGACAGACCCAAUGGUUGGUUGUCAGAGCGCAGGAAGCCCUAUCUUAAAUCAGGGGACCGGAUUAGUCCUCGUAUGGGGCCCGGAGACGAGCGAGGCAGAGACUGGUACCCUCGUGAAAGUCCUCAGGGUUCCUCUUUCUCCUCCUCUUACCACUCCAUAGACGACUUUUACAAGAAAGAUUCAUUGUACAAGAGUGAUAAACAAAGCAGGUCGCAACAUCACAGGCAUGAGGGUAAAUCUAAAAGGAGGGAGGGUGGAGACCACAGACCUCGGCAUUCAGAAUCAGAUGUGAUAGAUGACACAAACUCCAAUCGGAUGGCCGAGGACAGAGGACGUAGCAAGAGGUCGAGCCGGAGGCAAGAGAAAGAAGAGCGUGAGUCUGAGAAUCAGAAAGAAGAAAAUCCAGCAAAAGAAAGAUCUUCCUCUCCUCAUAACAUCAAACCUUCAGAGCCCAAUAAGUGUGAAAAAAACAGAGACAGUGAGGGUUUAGAUAGUGGAGAUGAUGGAGAGGAAGAGUCCUGGUAUCCUAAAAGCAUGGAGGAAUUGGUGACCGUUGAUGAAGUUGGAGGAGAGGACGACUCCAUCGUAGAGCCUGAUCUACCUGAGCUUCAAGAGGAGGACCAGAACGUGGAGGCUGGAACGCAGGCAGGAGUCAGUCCUAACCACAUUGAGAAGAACGCCCCAAAACAGGGUGAGGAGCCCACUCUGCACCCUUCAACUCUUCCAGCUCUGGAUUUGGCUCUGGAAGAAAGCUCAUGUGGAGCUCAGCCCAGCCCCAAAGAGAUGUCCCCUGCCACAUCUCUUCAAGAGCAGCCCAUCUCACAACUUAUCCAGUUUCCCUCUCAGGAGUUUAAGACAGCUUUGGAACAAAGUUGUACCUCCACGGAAAUGGAGCCGCACAUCAACGCAACCACACCAGCUGGUCCACCCAACCCUGACAGCUCAUGUGAAAAUGGGAAAUUAACAGACACGCAGUUGAGCAACGAUGAGAGAAAGGUGAUAGAGAUGGACGACAAGAAUCCAUGUCUCAAACCAGACAACGAGAAGAAAGAUAUCCCUGACACGUCACCUGCUCCUUCAUCUCAGAUGACAGAGGUCUCGGCACUCUCGCCCUCCCAUGAGCAGGAGAAAGCCAUCAGUGAACACAGCAUACCGUUAGGUGUGGAGUUCAUUGUGCCAAGGACAGGGUUUUAUUGCAACUUGUGUGGCUUGUUUUACACCAACGAGCAAACGGCCAAGACGUCACACUGUCGGAGUACAAUUCACUACAGGAAUCUACAGAAGUAUCUAUCGCAGUUGGCUGAGGAAAGUCUUUUAAACUUUCACACUGGGUCGGCGAACACGGAAUGAAGCAUAUGUAAGAGCAGGAUUGCGACGCUGCCUGGACAACACAAUCUGUUCAGAUCAACAGAGACACAAAACAGGAGAAACAGAGCACCUGAAUCUUUUAGCACAUGACGUUUUAAGAGUAAUUAAGUAAUGACUUUACUUAAACGAAAAGAGUCAACAAAAAAAUAAAAGUUCUUGAUGAAUGUUCACACUUUUGUUUUCCACACAAAAGCGAAUAGGCCUGUUGCUCAAUAAACAUCAUCAAUGUCAUAAAUAUGCAAAUAUGAAUGUCUCAGGGUAUACAAAUAUACAGUGUGAAAUCAAAACACCCGAGUAAUUAUUAACCUAUGUUAUCAUAUGUGACAUAUAAAACAAUAUAACCCAGAAUUAUUUUUU